GGGAGAAGAUGGCGGCGCCGGAGGGACCGGGCACGGCGGCGGCGGCGGAGUUCGCGAGGCGCAUCGACCCGGCCCGCGAGCCGGGGCUCAGCCCCGAGCAGCGCCGCCUCAUGGCGCAGGUGGAGCACGCCCAGCGCCAGCGCGUCCUGCAGCGCCGGCUGCGCGGCCGCAACACGCUGCUGGCGCUCGGCAUCGGCGCGCUGACUCUCGGUAUCUACGGGUACACCUUCUACUCGGUGUCUCAGGAGCGGUUCCUGGACGAGCUGGAGCAGGAGGCGGAGGCGGCGCGGGCGCGGGCUCGGGCUCGGGCCGAGGGAGCGGCGAGCUGAGCGCGGAACGCCCGGCCCGGCCCGGCCCGGCCCGUGACUGAGCUGCUGUCCCCGCGGGGCUGGACGGGCCUCGAGCCCAGGGCAGCCGUGCCCCGGGGGUUCGGGCCUGCCCUGUGCUCAGCGUGGGCCUGGGGAAGGUCCCAGGAGCUCCCUGCGGGCACCCCCAACCCCGGGGCCUUUGCUGGGUUUGUACCCGUGGGAACGACAGGGGUACCCAGGUCCCACCACUCCUCCCAAUAAACCCUCUGACUGGAAA